CAUCUAGCAAAAGGAGGCAGUGCUCUGAUGUUAUUAUUUAUAAUUGAGCAUAUGUUGAUGACGAUGAAAUUUCAGUCGCCGUGUUAAGGUUAGCGUGCCCAAGCAAGAUGGGAUGAUCAGCUGGGAGAAACCAAGAAAGCAAUCAAAACAUCCGGUCGCGGCGUUGCAGUAGUUGCUGAGCGACAGCCUUUAAAAAUGGCCGCAUGGUUUGUUUACAUGUCGAGCUGCCUGCUGUAACUCUAUGGUCUGCCGAACUGUGCGUAGGCUAACGAAAGUAUAGCGAAAGCUCACGCCUUAAAUUAAGGUUACGUCAGCUCAAGGGGUACAUUAUGUCUAUUCUAGGUCUUUGUGUCUUGAAUCGCCUGCAAGGCUGCCUUUUUCUAAGCAGAAACGUCUCGGCGAAAAGAGUGCUGUAGCGUUGCAGGUGACAUGAACGACGCGCGAAAAAGAUGAGCAACUCCGAUGAGGAUGCCUCCAAGUCCGCGUCUAGUCGUGAGGUCAGGCAUCUGACGCAGUCCGUCGAGGAAAGUAUCGUCAGCAAAGUCAACGAGCUCUCGUCUGCCCUUAUCGAUACGAGCACCAACAUCCAUUGCUUGAACAGCAAGAUUCAAGCGUACCGCCAAGAACAAAAUGCUGCUGUUGAAGUGCUCAAAGAAAAUGUUGACGUCUGCCUUAGGCAUAUUAGCAGUCGGGAAGCUACUACACCACUGCAGUUGUCGAGUGCACGGGACUCCCCAACAAAUCCGUGGCGCAUGGUACGAGAUAAAGAAGCUACCAUACUGGAACUUGAAAGAAAAAAUGACCACUUGAAGGCAAAGUUGGAGAGUGCACAGGAGAGACUGAAAGAGAAGUCGGAAGAGCUGCUGAAUUCAUCGAGGCUGCUUUCGGAGAAGUCGCAAGAAGUGUUGCUUCUUCAAGAUAACCUCACCGCAGCAGAAAGAAGGCUAGCCGAAAACCAACGAGAAGUUGAGAGGGCAACACUGCGUCUCCGGCAUGUAGAAGAGGACUGUGAGAAACAGACGACACGAAUCAAGAAUGAGCUCACCCGUCUGGAGCGUGAACUGCUGACCGAUAGAGAAAGGCAUUCAUCGAGUCUGCAGAGUCUCCAGCAGGAAUUGAAGCAGGUGCACCUAGAGUCAAGUUCGUGGCAGGAACGUUACAUGCGUGAGAAACAGAAGGCAUCUCAAUUGUCAGAAGAAGUAGCCCAGUCAAGAAUACAGCUUCAAAGGUAUCAAAAAUUAGGCAGCGCUAGAAGUGAAGAAGUUGCUGAACAUCUGGAGAAGGGAAGCAACCCAACACAGAGUCCGGAGUUGGAGGACAUGAGGACAAAGUACGACGUCCUGAAAAAGGAAUUGAUGCAGCUAAAGAGAAAAGUUGUUCAGAAUGGGACUGCCCAAGACUUCUCGGUGAUUGCCGAUCCCGAAGAGUUUAACAGGUUGAUCCUGGAAAAGAGAGACAUUGAAGAAGUGUGCUUGAGUUUCGACCGCAAGUUUCAAAAGCAGACUCAGGUUUUGAAAAGACUGGAUCAAAAGCUGAAGGAGUCUGAGGCGAAAGUUGAAGAAUUGACUCGAGUGAAAUUUGAAAAGCAGAAGAGCUACCAGGAUUUUGUGAAAUAUGUUGGGGAAAAAUUGGACUUUCUUGUUGGAUUGCUCUCUAUACGUUCUGCAGAUACCUUUCAGGCUUUGUUUGCAUCUCAGCUCAUUGGGAAGCGGCCACUGAGUUUCCAAGUGGCAGAAAUUAAGAGUAAGCUUCACUGGAUACUGCAAGCAAUCCGGUCCCUGUGCCUUGGUGAAGUUGAUUCGAAAACACAAUCCAUUUCAUACCCAUCACUGCCUCACCAUUGCAGCUCCAGUGGUUCAGAUGUCAAGGUUCAGGCGAAAAGAUCCUUCCGCUCUUGAAACAGUCACCUAAUUUCUUCGCGUGUGAGCCUCUGUAGAGGUUCAUAAUGUGUGGGAUCAUGCAGACAGGUUUAGACAAUGGACUUUUUGUUUUGUCUAACACUCGCACUUUCUCAUUGUCUGUGUGACAGUGUUGCUAAUUAUGGAUCCUUGCUGAUUUGCGGGGAUAUUUGGUAUUCUUUGGCACAAGCGUUCGAUGUGAUAGGUUGUUAAGGAAGUGACCAACUGCUCAUGUAUAUUCAGGAUCUGAGUCAAAGAAUUCGUGCGUUGUUCUGUGAUGGUGUGUAAACUUGGAAUUGCAUUUUUUUUUGUUAAUGUGUGGGUAUUUAUGAGCUUUUGAAACUUGAGAAAUUAGGAAGUUUUCAGGUUUAUGAAAGCGUUUCUUUGGAGUAUGUGAAUGGAGUUAAAUAUUCUGACGUAUGUAUAUUUUUCUUAUGGUACAAAGCUGCUAUUUACCAGUGAUUAGCAACAUCUGGAUGUGCUCAAAGAACUCCAGCAUGUUGUUUAUAUUGUUUGCUGGUAUCUGAUUGGAUUAGUGUCUGGUGCAUGUCCUGUCACGACUUUGUGUGGAUAGGUGGGGAUCUAUUGUACAAAAAUAAUGUGAAAGUUUCAGUUAAUUACCAGAAAUAUAAAUGAAUCUUAAUGAAAAUUUACUUGCUUAAUAUGUUUUGCACAUAUACUGUGACAUAUAUUUUUACCUAUUUUUUCACGCAAUGUAAUUGCCAUUUUAUACAAAUAUUGUUAAUUCUGGUGUGUGGCACCUCGCAAACUUAAGUGUAAUUUGAUGUAUCAAAUGCCAUUGCCUACAAAUGAUAAAUUUUCCCCUGUGACAGUGGUAUUCAUUGUGUUCAAUGAGACAAUUGAGGCGCUCAUUAUAGGGCAAUACAGUCAUAGUAAGUGUGGCCUUUUAAUAUUUCUUAUACUUAUGAUUUUUUUAUGGUAAAUCUUUGCAUCUCCAUCAUGACUGUGAACUAAGCAUUCUUUUGUGCUGAUCUCGACGUUGAACAAGGCUUGCUUUUUAUUUUGUUCAUGGAAGGCACAUUCUACUUUUACUACUUAUUGUGAGCUUUCUUUUUAUUGUGAUUAUUUUUUAUUUCAUGACCACAGUUCUUUCAUGGCAGGGUCAUCGUUUUAGUGUGCCAUAUAUGCGGAUAUUUAGUUUAGCUAUGAGUGCUGAACUUGGGUCAUACCGUAUGCACUCUCCUAGAAGCCGUUUUCUUUUUUUCACAAUCUUAACGAGGUGCGACCUUUGCAUUAGAGUGGGCAAUAUUGGUCCAAUUUUUCUGGCCUCUCAUAAUCUCCAUGAUCUCUUUGUACUAAAAGUGUCCACACUGUUGAUUUCAUAACGCAUUUAUUCACGUGUGCAAGCCUAACACCUGGCGCCUGUGUAGUCCUCAACACUGUUGGUGUUGCUGCUGCUCAGGAUGUAUUCGGCGGCGUACUCCUCGAUACCAAUGCCCUCCAUGCCAUCUAUGGGAUUACAGAUGCUUUCACUUUAAAGCUUUCCAUAACUACCAAAGAGGCAUUGCGCUUAGAAACAAAGGGAAAACAAGCUUUCUUUUUUUAUUUCAAAGUUUGGUCUUCUAAGCUGGGCGUGUGGCUUUUUUACAUGUGUGGCCCUCACUUGAGUGGAUACGGUAUUUAAAUGUGAUAAGUGAGGCAUUCCAACCUGCAUUCUUCGAUCAAGGUUAAACUGUGCUUUUUGUGAUGUUUGCUUUUUGCAUGUAUACUUUUGUUACAAGUAUCUUACGACUUUCUUCAGUGGGGCCCAUAUUUUUAAAUGUUGCUUUGUUUACUUCCGUAAUGGUGUUUUAUUGAUGUAAACCUGUGCAAGUCUGAAAUUAUAACAUUCCUUCUUAGCAGCUGCUUGAUGAAAACAUCCUUAAUGAACACUUCAGUUGAAGCAGUGCAUUGGCUUUCUGCUGUGCUCACAUCUGACUUAAAAGGGCGCUUCUCAAGUUGGCGUUACCCACAUUACCCCAUUUCUUUUGUGCCCUGAAAUCUGUUUGAGGCUGACAACACUCACAUGUGUUCACAGUCACACAGUUCACGCACACACUUCUUAGAGAAAUAUAUUUUGUAGUCUUUUUGCCAGCCUCGUCUUCAGGGUUCCUUGACCAGACGGAAGUUUUCAUGGUUGGGUAAAUGUUAAGAAUUCUUUUAAAGGGAGUCUGAAAAGAAAACACUGUCAGCUUAUACUGAUAAAAUGUUUCUUAAGAGCUCUGUUUUCGUUAAUUCUGCUUUAAUAGGUUGGUUAUUAGAUGAGAAAAUGAGGCUCAAACUUACAUCUUUUAAAUCUCUUGCUGAAACCCUAGUGCCAGUGUGUCAAUGUGAUGUCAUGGGUUUCACACUAUAUGUCUUUUUUAUAUUUAGGUGAUUAUGGCUCAGUGAAAGCUCUUGAAAGUUAGUAAGUUCUGCAUCUGGGUUGUUUAGAAUGCAGUGUUGUUCGUUUCUACUGAUAAGCGAUUAACUAGAUCUGAGCAGACACCAUCAAAAAUCGAUGGCAUUAAGCAAGCUGGUGCACAAACUUUAACCAGGCAUUGCCAUUCAUUUUUGUUUUUGCAUCUUUUUUGGCUUAGCAGUCCUCUUCUUGUGGUAAGAGUGGUUUUGUGUGUGUGUGCAUGUGUGUGUGUUUGUGGGGGUGUAUUGUUGAAAGGUAAUUUACCAAUACAUCUGAAAUUAUUGUUCUGUUAAGGGUCCAUUUAAAAAGCUGUUGUAGCCUUAGGGCAUCUCUCAUGAGGAUAAUGUUGCGGAGAGUGUGAAUUACACGAGGAAAUGGCCUGAAGUAAAAGUGUUUCAAGACAUAUGGGAUUUCGUGUUGUGGAAGAAAGCGUUGGCAUAGGAUGUUUGUGAACUUUCGUUUCAUAAGUGUUUUGUCGAUGCUGUUGGAAACUUUCAGGGCACAUCUUAUGUAGCAGGGUCUGUGGGAGAUGUGUUAGGCUGUGGAAGUUAUUUGAGUGCUUCACCGUGAUAUGUGCUUGUCAGUCCCUUAGUCUACAAUUUAGACUGGCAGGUGUGUGUAGGCUCAUAUAUUUUAAGAAAUCUGGUUGAGAGCUAAAUUCCCAGAACAAGUGCACAACUUUUUUGUUGCAGCUCACAUAUUUUGUGAUUUGCCUGCACAUGCAGCUUACUCGAAUGAACGAACAAACCAUAUAUGUAUGUGUGUUUUGGGGAUGGGAAUAAAAGUGUGAUGCUGUUGAAA